AGAAUCGGAAGUAGAGACCAAUUGGAAACAUGCGCGUGCCAAGCUGAAGCAGUAGGCUUCUGAUUCUAAGCACCUUUUCACGCAAUGUUUUCACACCUAUGUGUACCUUCAGUCCACUUUCCCCCUCGCAAGUCAAGCGAGAGUGAGGCUUUGGCAGCCCUGAGUUCUCUGUGCUCGUGAGGAACAGUUGUGUGGGCUUGCAACGGCUCACCUCCCGCCGCGACAGGUACACAUCAAUACGACGACUGGUCUUUAUAGGAAAAUCAAGCGAAGUCAGAGUUGAACUUCCAUACAUCACGCGCGUCAAUCGUGUCUGGAGUAAGGCUGUCGAGACGGUGAAAUUUUUGUUCAGCCGGGGAAAGCAACGACUCAAACGCAGUUCCCGUACCGGGCCACGCGGACUCCCAGCCUGUCGAUGGGCAUGCGAAUGUAACAAACUCGUCAUUUUUUGCAGCUUCAUGUCAGACUUACACAAUUCCAUGUUAUUCGUGGAAACGAGAUCAUCGACGAGGGGCGCCAAGUUGCUUCACCUGCGUGUACACUAUUUCGGAUCUUGAGUGAUUUGACUUGCCAACCUGAACUCGCCGAGCACGCAGAUAAUACUGGUAAACUUCGUCCUCCUGUACGGCCCAAUCUGUUUUUCCUGAGGAGUUUCGUUUUAGAGGGUCUACAAUGGCGUACGUCGAAGAACCUUCAUCGGCCCUGCAAAGACAAAUAUCGGAUCACAUCCCCUUAUGGCAAGUGCCGUUUGCGACCGCCGGGGCUCUGAUCGAUUGCCUCUCUUGUCCGAGGUCAGUCACAAGUGAGAGCAAUGAACUGAGUAUUCGCCUAAGGAGCUCUCCUCCCCAGCACCAAGGUGUACGGGCCUGGCCGAACAAAGCGUGUUUCACAAAUAUGCCUUUGCAACAGGACGCAUUACCUCGGGAGAUCAUUCACGUUCCGAGGGAACAGGUGUAUGCCCAGACUUACGCGCCGUCGUUGGGUUCCUCCCAUCAUCGUGUAAGUGUGAAGACAAUGAGCUGUCUUGGAACUCCCGUACAAACCUACGUUCCGUCGCCCGUUCAGUGUGUUCCCGGAGCUCCGAAUGUUCGCAGCCAAGUGCAACCCAUGCCAUACACUGUCAGGCAACAAGACCUGGGGAAUCACCCUACCUCAUCCCCGUUCUUCUCUCCCGUGCAGAUGAGUUCGUCCAUGGUGCCUCCCAUGGUGGGAUCACGUAUGACCACGCAUUCCGUUCAAGCUUGUGAUUAUUUCUCUACGGAUUCGGCAUUGUCGAAUAAGAAACAUAUUGGUUACCCCUUGACAGUGUCGAAAGGUGUCCAGGUUGGUUCCGUGCAAAAGCAGGAGGGUAACGCUGAGACAGAGUGCACCGGAUGCAGGAAAGAAGACGAUUGUGAUCUUCCGUCGCACACGGAAUUAAACGGACAUAGUGGUUCACUCGGGGAAGAACGGAAGGAGGAAAAACGCGGCGACGUCACCAUUGAACAGGAAGCUGCUGUCAGCAACUCAGAAAAAGCAGAGGAAAUAAAAGACCUAGUGCAGCAGGAGGAAACCAAAGACGACACAGAUGAACUAAGUGGCGAAGCGAAUGAAAGGUCGCAGAAGGAAGACUCCACAGCAGCGAAAGAACAAUCGAAAGUGGAGGCUUCGUUGGUAGGAUCGACAUUAAGCGAAGGCAACUCCUCUGUCUACUACCGCGUCAAUGGGACUACACAAGCUACAACAGGGGAGACCAAAGGCGCGUGGCCUGUAGGUUACGUACCUCCAAAAGAUCCAAGCGACUACAAGGAGCUUCGUCUUGGAAACAGCGUUUAUCUUAUGGGCGGCACUUUUUAUUUAAGUGACACCGGCGCUUACCUCCUCGGCCUCCGAAGCUGAGCAGUAUUUUUCGAUCAGUUUACUGGUUGAUGUAAACUAGAACUGUCGUGAUUGGAAAUGCUUCAUCAGAUGGGCGAAACACAUCGUUCCAUACUGUGUUGAAUUGACGCCUAAACGAGGAUCAUGUAUGUCAUGAACGAGUGGUCAGGGGCAUGCAUUCUGGAUUAUCAUCUUCUAGCAAAAAACAGCGACGUGACGACUUUCAACGAACUUUUUUUCUACAGGUGUGUUUUGCGUCCCCGAUACGUGCGUUAGUUGUUCCAUGCAGUACGCAGUUCCAUUUCUUCGCACUUGACAAAAGGCUU